UACCAUGAAUGUUUUUUUUUUUUUUAGCUUUCUUUUUGCAUUCUGUAUGUCCCUUUAUUUCCUUAUUUAUUUAUUUAUUAUUUGGUGUUGUUUUGAUGUUGUGAUUGAAGAUGUUUUUAGUUUAGCAAUGAAUGAAUUGGUGGGAGAUUGGAAUAUGGAUGAUGGUUCUACUAAAUCUUUCAAUCAUAAGAGAUUUACAGGAUCGGAAAAUGAGCUUUCCGAGCUCAUUUGGCGAAAUGGGCAUGUUGUUAUGCAAAGCCAGAGUAGUAGGAAGCCUUUAAGUAAUGAAAAUGAACCGAAACUAGCUCGAAAUGAUGAAGAAGAAGCAACUAAAUUGAGUUUGAUUGAAGACAAUGAAACUACAUCGUGGUUGCCGUGUAUUCUUGAUGAAUUUUCUGUCGAUAAAGAUUUUUCCUCGUACUUCUUUUGUGAUUCACCAACCACUGAUGAUGUCACCGGAGAUAAGCAAUCGGUACAACCAAUUCCAGAGAGUCAUGGUUCAGGAAACAAUGGUUUGGUGGUUAAUUUUCCUCAGUUUGCAAGGCCUUUUCGAUGGCAACAGGGAGAUAAAGGAGGAUCAGGCAAUGUGGAUCAAGUAGCGGUCGGAGAGCCUUCUUCAAUGAUUUAUGUCGAAUUGAGUGUUUCCGGCAGUAAUCAAGUUCAAAACCAAGUUGGUGGAAGCCGGAAUAUAAUGAGCACUGAUACAAAUACUGCUAGUCUUCUGAGAAAUAGUGCUAAAGAGGAUGUCAAGAUGAUCGAUCAUUAUAAGACUACUACUGGUACAUCGUCGUCAGGAGGAUCUGGUUGUAGUUUUGGAAGAAUUCAAGUCCGAAGUGAUGGUAAUCAAAGCCGGAAAAGGAAGGGAAGGGGUGUUGGGGAACUCGAAUCCCAUAGUGAGGAUGUUGAAGAUGAGUCGAUUGAAGUGAAUAAUGUAGUUCGGCGAUCGACAUCAGCCCGUAGAAGCCGUGCUGCCGAAGUUCAUAAUCUCUCGGAGCGAAGAAGAAGAGAUAGAAUUAACGAGAAGAUGAGAGCAUUGCAAGAACUCAUACCUCAUUGCAACAAGUCCGACAAAGCAUCAAUGUUAGAUGAGGCGAUUGAAUACUUGAAGUCCUUACAACAGCAAGUUCAGAUAAUGUGGAUGGGGUGUGACAUGACGCCGAUGAGUUUUCCAGGGUUUCAGCAAUACUUGUCAAAUUUUGGUGUCAGUAUGGGGAUUGGUCAUGCUCCAAUGUCUUCCAUUCCCAGUCCCAUUCAGCUGCCCGGAGUUCCACCGCUUCUCAAUCAAUCAGUACCAACCAGUCUAGCAAACCAGAUCAAUUUUCCAUAUCAGAUGCAAAAUGUUCAUAUUCCUGAUCAGUAUGCAUAUCACAGCAUUUCUCCACAGGCGAUGAAUGUUUCUGGUUAUGGAUCUCAAACAACCCAGCGGAAUCAAACUGCAGCAUCGGUGUCUCCAGGAUCAAGUGUUCGAACAGGUCAACCUGCUAAGAAUACAACACCGAGCACCUGCACAGCUAUGAAAAUCUGAGUAAUUGCAUUCAGUGAUAUAUUGUUCAUCACAUGCGCAAAGUAAUGCAAUCAAUUAAGCUAAUGUUCAUCGAUGAUGACGAUGAUGGUGGUCUAGUGUUCAUGUAAAAAUCUCUGUGAAUCAAAACUGUAUUGUAUAAAACAAUUACAUAUAUGUGAUAAUAUUUCACUAGAUGUAAUAUUCAAAGUGGUAAUUUUUUUUCUGUGAUCAAAAUGCAGGAACUC